UUGAGGUAGUCAUCUGUAUCAUUCCCAAUUGUGCAGAGUCAUCCAAAUCGGAGAGAAGAUGGAGGGUCCGCCUAUGGUGUGCUACUCGAUGGGGUCAAUCAACUCCCUAGUCGAGAAGAUCACCCCACUAAUGGAGAACCAUCCCAAGACCAAGAAGUUGCUGCAAGAUCUCAAAAGCCUUAGAGUUGAGAUGAACAAAUUUGCCGGAGGACGGGCGGCAGGUGAGCAGGUCAACGUGUGGAUGAAGCAGGUCCGGGAGAUGGUCUACGACAUAGAAGACUGGAUUUAUCUAAAGAAGGAUUUCAGCGAAUCGGACAUGGAGGAAAUUGAGGACUUCAGGGACGAGAUCCAGGAAGCUCGAAGCCGCUGCUUAAGGUACGAGCUCCUGAAGCAAGCCCCUACUUCUGAUGCAGAAAUUGUUUAUAGUACUGGACCUAGAGGCCGUAGGUUGUUCUUGGAGGAGAAGACUGUCUUCGUUGGUAGGGAUCAUCCCAAAUCAGAGCUUCUGGGUCAUCUGAAGGACGAGCAGAAGGAUCUGAAGGUAGUUUCCAUACACGGAAGGGGGGGCCAUGGCAAGACUGCUCUUGCCAAGGAGAUAUAUGGAGACAUCUACAUCAAAGGGCAGUUCGAGUACAAAGCUUUCGUCUCUGUCGGCCGUAACUCAUCGAUGAAGACCACACUAAUCGAAAUACUCCGCCAAGUGAAGUCGUCGGAGGUGGAUGCUUGUCAAACCUGGAGCAGCAACGACGAACAAAUCAAUGAAAUCAUUACUGAACUUUGGGGAUUCUUACAUACCAAGAGGUAUUUCAUCUGCAUCGAUGACAUACGGACUGCAAACGAUUUGGAGGUUAUUCUUUGUGCCUUACCUGAUAAUGAUCUCGGAAGUCGGAUAUUGACAACAACUCGCAUGAAGGAUAUUGCCAUAUUAUUCUCUAGACGUCCCAAUGAUGUUGUUUAUGAGAUGAUGGCGCUUAAUGAGACUGAUUCCAAAAGCUUAUUUCGUAAUUGUUUAUAUGUUCAAGAAGAAGAAUGGACAGAUCAUUUCAAAGAGUUAUCAAAGGAAAUAUUGGAAGUGUGUGGUGGCCUGCCAUUGGCCAUAAUUGUUACAGCGGGGUUUUUAUGGAGGACAUCUGCCGAACUGCCAUUGCAGUCAGAAAAGCUUAAAAAGGCUAUUCCUUCAGAAUUCGAUGAGUUUUAUUCUGAGUCAGAAGCAAUGAGAAAGAUACUGGAUGCCAGUUAUGCUGAUCUACCUCAGCCUCUGAAGUCUUGCUUCUUGUACUUGACUGCCUUUUCAGGAAAUUAUGGCAUCAAGAAGGAUCGUCUGGUACGAAGAUGGGUAGCUGAAGGGCUUAUCCCUGAAAGGCAUGGAAAUAGUUCAUGGGAAACAGGGGAGGGCUACUUUGAUGAGCUUAUCGGUAGGAGGCUGAUCCAACCGGCCUUUGAUGGCAAUGACGACCAGCCAAUUGGUUGCACUGUUCAUGGUGUUGUCUUUGAUUUCUUGGAAUCCAUGUCAUCCAAAGAAAACUUUAUUACACCAGGUGCAGAGUUGAAGUCUGAACUAUUUCCUUGUGAAAGGGUUCGGCGAGUCAGUCUCGACUGUGGUGAUGAAGAUGAAGGUGACACCUUGAUCACAUAUUGUCUUUUGGAGAAGAAGAGUUUGGUGGCCUCAAGCUGUGACGAAGAAAAAGAUGAUGCAAUUAUUUUAAAAUUAUCUAGGGUGCGAUCCCUUGCAUUUUCUGGGGAUGCUGGAAGGAUCCCUAAUCUUUCUGCCUUGAAACAUUUGAGGGUGCUGGAUCUUGAGGAUACCAAGGGCUUGGCGAAUGAACGAUUGGAAAGCAUUGGGCAUUUGUCUCUGCUGAGGUACUUGGGACUUGGCGGGACUGAUGUGACCAAGCUGCCCCAACAAAUCAUGGCACUUGAGCAAUUGACUACCCUAGAUUUAAGGCGAACAAGUUUGAAAAGAUUACCAGUAUUGUCCAGAAACACAAAACUGAUGUCUCUGCUUGCUGACCAGUUGGCAAUAACACCGACACAAAUGAGCCGAAUGCAAAAUUUGGAGGAACUAUCAAAAGUCCUUAUGGGUCCUGAUGGAUCACUUGCUUCUGAACUAGCACGGCAUGUUAAUAAGUUGGGGUCUCUGAGGAUGCUUGGGAUAAGAAUUAGUCAUCGUCAUAGCGCAAUGGAUCAACAGGGAGUGAAGCAUCUCCUUGAAGAUCUGGGAAAAUCAAACCUGCAGUCCCUUUUGCUUGAUAAUUGCCCUCUUCCUCUGCUCGACUUACUGGUGGAUUAUCCUUUGGCCCAAAACCUGCAAAAAUUUGAGCUAAGAAUGCACGGCUGCCUCCCGCAAGUUCCACAGGAGAUAGCCUCUCUCAUAGCUAUCACUCACCUGCAUAUCAAGGUUGAAGCAGUAGAAGAACAAGCUGUCCGUGCACUGGGGAGCUUGCCUAACUUAGUCGUCCUGAGACUAGAUUUGAAUAGCAGUCCAAGCAUGACCGUGAGUCCCAAGGAUGGCUUUCAGUGCCUCAAGGUGUUAUGGUUUAACAGUCAAUAUGGUGGUGUUGGGAAGGGCAUUCAGUUUGAAGCUGGAGCCAUGCCACAGCUCCGAAGGCUUUGGCUAGAACUCAAUGUCCAGGUAGAAAGGUCCAAACAUGAUGCUUUCGAUUUGGGUAUCCAGCAUCUACCUUCUCUCGUACAUGUACAUGCAACCAUUGACUGGAUGAAUACUACUUUAACAUCUUCAGAGGUUGAUGCCGCGGAGGCCAAGAUCAGAGAACAAGUAUCUCAGAACCCCAACAAUCCAGUAUUGGAACUGAAUAGAAGACAGCCACGGUACAUUACGAAAGCAUCGGAGGAGUUGGUGAUCACUGUCAACAGCCUUCAAGAGUGGGGCAAACAGAUCAACCCCAGAAAGCUGGUGGUGGUUCAUUUCUCCGCAGCGUGGUGCAGAGCAUCACGCAAGAUGAGUCCAGUUUUUGCUGAUCUAGCAGAGAAGUACCGAAAUGUCGUUUUCUUGAAGGUCGAUGUAGGUGUGGAGGAAAUGAAGACUGUUGCUACGGAAUUCAGCAUUGAGGGCGUGCCAACCUUCCUGUUCAUGAAGGGGGGCAAUAUUAAGCGCAGGGUUAAAGGCGCCGACAAGGAAAAGUUGGGGGGUAUGGUUGAGGAGCUGGCGGACCUGAUGCUGUAGUGAAGUAGUAGUAUUUUUCUUUUGAGGGAACAUAGUGAAGUAGUUUUUCUUUUUUUGGAGUGACUUGCAUUAUGAAACAAACUGACAAGCGAACAAAACUAAAUGUAUGUCUAUGGGAUGAAUACGUAAUUACCAAUUUAUA